UUACCGCACUCAUUAUUAAUUCGAAGCGUCUGUGACAACGGCCGGCUGAAUUGAAUUUGCAAAUGCCGAUAAUUAUUUUGAUUCAGAACUUCAACUUUCUUUGGAGACAAAUGAUGGCAAAAUAUUGACAUUCACUCCUGGAGAUACUUAAUGAACAGAGUCAUGAGAGUUUCUACACUUUUCCUCAAUCAUGGCUCCAAUAGACUUCAAAAGGUUAGAGAAGAGAUCAAGAUUGCAAGUACAUGUAUCUCAGCAACUUGGCAGUGUCAUCCAAAACUUAAUGGUAUUGAUAUUGCUUGUUCAUACAAGCACAGGACAGUUCUGCCAAAGGAGUAGCCUUGUCACCUGGCACAAAAACACAGAAAUUGUCAAUAUCUCCUGGUCCUUGGAAAAUGUGUGUGAUUCAUAUGAGGAUUGCUAUGGUUCAACUGACACAGGGGUCAGCAGACCAAUUGACCACCAGCUCUGUCCAGUUGAGAUCCAGGACAAUGAUCGACUGGUGAUCCUACCACCGGCCAUAUCAUCCCAGAGUGCUCUACCUGUCAAUGUUAGUGAGAGUGAAUUUGAAGUUUGCCCAGGUGAUACUUACCCAUCUUCUCAGUGGCUUAUUCCUGCUGCUUCUACAUCUCCCUUUGAGGUAGACGAUGCAUUCUUACAAGAAGGGCGCAACUUCUUUGCACAGUUUGACACAGGUGAUGUCUUCCUGAGCUGUGAGCUUGGACUACGUGUGGUGGUGUCAGUCAAAUCGCAUGACUGUAUUAUCAACCAAUCUGAACCUUUUUGCACUGGACAUGGAGAAUGUGUCACAGUGCCUUUCAGUCCAUCCAAAGUGUACAUUUGUCAGUGCGAACCAUCCUAUAUUGGAGAGUACUGUGAGGAGUUUGAUGGUUGCUAUGGCAACCCUUGUCAGAAUGGGGCUAGUUGCAUUGAUAAAAAUGAUAGUGAUAGUGGCAAUAGCUACCGAUGUAAUUGCACUACUGGCUUCACUGGUCUCAACUGCUCUGAUAUACUUGGUAGUUGUAUUCCUGACCUAUGUCGUAAUGGAUCAUGUGUUACUGUAUCUCAAGAAGCUUUCAGAUGUGAUUGUGAUCAUGGAUUUGAAGGUAUUUAUUGUGAGGAAGAGAUUCAGGAGUGUGAUUCCAAUCCUUGCCAGCACAAUUCAACAUGCAUUGAUGAGAUUGGUUCUUUUACUUGCCUCUGUCCACCUGAGUAUAGUGGGACUACAUGUGAGGAGGAGAGAGAUUUCUGCUUAGAACAGCCUUGUGAAAAUGGAGCAAAUUGUAGCAGUUUCUUAGGAGGCUAUACCUGUGUUUGCAGAUCAGGAUUCACAGAUCAGAACUGUUCCACAAACAUUGAUGAGUGCCAACCAAACCUUUGUCAAAAUGGAGCUACCUGUCUUGAUGAAAUCAAUAAUUUCAGAUGUGAUUGCAGCCCUGGAUACAGCGGCCAGUUCUGCGAGACGAACAUAGACGAUUGUGCUUCUAGUCCUUGUGAGAACGAUGCAGAGUGCAUCGAUCUCAUUGAUUUCUUCUUCUGUUUAUGUCAGGAUGGCUAUACUGGUAUGACAUGUGAUGUAGAGAUUGAUGAGUGCAUAUCAGAUCCUUGCAUGAAUGAAGGCAGAUGCGUAGAUUUGGUGGAUGCCUACCAGUGUACAUGCAAUCCAGAACUCUUUGCAGGUAUCAAUUGUGAAAGUCCACUCCACAACUGCUCCUUCUACCCCUGCCAAAAUAAUGGAACCUGCCAAAUAAUUGACAGCUCAUCAUAUUCAUGCCUUUGCAUAGCCCGGUACACUGGACAAAACUGUGAAACCAACAUCCCCUUCUGUGACACACACAACUGCACCAAUGAUGCAACCUGUGUGGAGAACCCGAAUGGAUUCACAUGCCAGUGUCCAGUAGGUUACAUUGGUCAGUGGUGCGAAGUGGACAUAGAUUACUGUGGCAAUCACAAUUGCUCAAAUAACUCUACCUGUGUAGAUGAUACCACUACCUACCAAUGUCUCUGUGCCCCAGGAUUUGGAGGACAAGACUGUGAGAUAGAUGUCGAUGAGUGCAGGAGCAGUCCAUGUGCUAAUGGGGGUAUUUGCAUGGAUGAAAUCAAUGGUUAUCAGUGCAUGUGCCCUGCAGGAUAUACUUCACCAGACUGUUCCCUCAAUAUUGAUGAAUGUGAAUCAUCCCCAUGCCGAAAUGGAGGAACCUGUAUUGAUGGAGCUAAUAUGUAUACAUGUAUCUGUAGCAUUGGAUUCAAUGGAACCCAUUGUGAUAAUGAUCUAGAUCUUUGUGCCUUAGACGUUUGCCAAAAUGGUGCCCUCAGCUGCUCUGAGACAGAAGAUGGUCACAAUUACAGCUGUGUCUGUGCACCAGGUUACCAUGGACACAGCUGUGAAAUGGAGAUAAACGAGUGUGCUUCCAAUGCCUGUCUUAAUGAUGCAUUCUGUUUGGAUGAGAUCAAUUCUUAUCAAUGUUACUGCUUGCCUGGUUACGUCGGUGACCAUUGUCAAUAUGAGAUUGAUGAGUGUUUCAGUCAGCCCUGCUUACACAACAGCUCUUGCAUAGAUCUGUUCAAUAACUAUAGCUGUGUGUGCAGUGCAGGCUAUGAGGGCUAUAACUGUGAGAUCAACAUUGAUGACUGUGCUGAGAACCCUUGUCUUAAUGGAGGCUCUUGUGAGGAUGGGGUUGAUGAUUUCAACUGCAUUUGUAGUUCAGGAUAUGAAGGCAGAAAUUGUUCUGAGGACGUUGAUGAAUGUGCUUCCAACCCUUGUAUGACAAACACAACGGAGAUGUGUAUCAAUGAGAUAGAUAACUUCACCUGUGUGUGCAGUUCCGGGUUCAGGGGUCAGCUGUGUGAGGUCAACAUAGAUGAAUGUGAAGUUCAUUCAUGCGAGAACAAUGCCACAUGUAUAGAUGGUAUUGAUAGCUACAGUUGCAUCUGUGCACCAGGUUUCACUGGAUCACUGUGUGAAGUCAACAUUGAUGAGUGUUUAUCAAAUCCUUGCAAUCUUGGUACCUGCAUGGAUGAUAUCGGUGGCUACACCUGCCUAUGUCCUGCUGACUCCCGGCCGUUUGACCCUGUUUGUAAUCUCCUCCCACCAUGCACAUCCAACCCCUGCCAAAACAAUGGAACAUGCCAGGAGGCAUUGGAUUCCUAUGCCUAUAGCUGUGAAUGCGCAAUUGGUUUUGAAGGGCUAAACUGCGAAGUGAACAUUGAUGAUUGCCAAGUGGGAAACAUCAUAUGUACUAACGGAGGGACAUGUGUGGAUUUGAUUGCGGAUUUUCGCUGCCAAUGUCUGGCAGGUUUUGAGGGACAAUUUUGUGAAGAGAAUGUAGAUGACUGCAUUGGAAAUCUCUGUCAAUUUGACAGUGUUUGCAUUGAUGGAGUGGAGGGCUAUACAUGUUACUGUCUACCAGGUUUUACAGGGAUGUUCUGUAAUGUAACUAUACUGACUUGUAAUCAGAACCCUUGUUUAAAUGGAGGAACUUGCCAAGAUAUUGAACUGACCACCCCUACAAUUUCAAAUGGAGGGGGUGAAGGAGCUGAUUCAGUCAAUAGGAUGUUUCAGUGUGCUUGUUCCACUGGCUGGCAAGGAAUGUUCUGUGAAGUGGAGAUCAAUGAAUGUGCAUCCAACCCCUGUCUAAACAAUGCAACCUGCAUGGACUUCUUUGCUAGAUAUGUCUGUGAAUGCAGCCCAGCUUUCACAGGAGAGCAAUGUGAAGUUAACAUCGAUGAGUGCAUUAAUAAUGAGUGUGCUCAGGGGUCCACUUGCAUUGACGGCCUCCUGUCCUAUACAUGCCAAUGUACCGAUGGAUAUGAAGGCCGCUUAUGUGACCAGGAAAUAGAUGAAUGCCUGUCCUCUCCUUGCAAUCCAGAUACAAGUCUCUGUGUGGAUCUACUAGCUGGAUAUCGCUGUUUUUGUUUAAACGGUUGGGCAGGACCUAACUGUGAAAUCAAUGUUGACGAAUGCCUGAGUGAUCCAUGCCAAAAUGAAGGGACAUGUUUAGAUGGGAUUGCUGAUGUGACUUGCCUGUGUCUUCCUGGGUUUACAGGAAAACUCUGUGAGAUCGAGAUUGAUGAGUGUGACUCAGAUCCAUGCCAAAAUAAUGGAGAAUGUGUUGAUGAAAUCAAUGGAUAUGUUUGCUUUUGUCUACCAGGAUUUACAGGUGUAGAAUGUGAGAUCAACAUUGAUGAGUGCGCUUCAGAGCCUUGUUUGAGAGGAGGGACAUGUUUAGAUGGUAUCAACUCAUACCAGUGUCUCUGUCCUACUCCAUACCGUGGGGACAACUGCUCUCUUCUGCCAUGUCAGGUCUUUCCAUGUGAGAACAAUGCCAACUGCACUGACUUUGUCAAUGACCUUGAGACCUACCCACUGGGCUUCUUUUGUGCCUGUAAUACUGGAUUCAUGGGUCAGCGAUGUGAAGUGAACAUCAAUGACUGUUCUCCCAAUUCAUGCAGUGGCAAUGGCCUAUGUAUUGAUGGUAUACUUGGCUUCUCAUGUUUAUGUGAACCUGGCUGGGCUGGCAGGGAUUGUAGUCUGCCCAUUGAUGACUGUGUGGAUAAUAUGUGUCAGAAUAAUUCUACUUGUGAAGACUUGAAUCAGGCUUACCAGUGUCACUGCAUCGAAGGCUAUGAAGGAAACUUUUGUGAGAUUGAGAUAGAUGAGUGCUCUUCUGACCCAUGUUUGAAUGGAGCCACUUGCAUAGAUCACUUCAACAGAUUUGAAUGUAUCUGUCCUUCUGGUUGGAUGGGGACCACCUGUGAUCAAGAUGUUGAUGAAUGUGACUCUAAUCCUUGUCAGAACGGUGCUCGCUGUCUCAAUGGACCAGACAGGUUUAGAUGUGACUGCCAGCCUUUCUUCACAGGGACAUACUGCAAUGUGACCUUUGACCCUUGUGACCCAGGGUUCGACCAAUGUCAAAAUAAUGCAACCUGUAUCACGCAAGUGGAUGGGAGUUAUCGGUGUACCUGUUUGGAAGGCUUUGAGGGCUACAACUGUGAAGUGAACACCAAUGAAUGUGCAUCCUCACCAUGUUUGAAUGAAGCAGCAUGCUUCGAUGAAGUCGCUGGAUAUCAAUGUUUCUGUUCAAUUGGUUUUAGUGGUAUCCAUUGUGAAGAGAAUAUUGACGAUUGUCUUCCUGAUGCCUGCGCUAAUGGAGGAACCUGUGUGGAUGGUAUUAAUGGGUUCUCAUGUAAUUGUACUGCUGGAUGGAAUGGAGCCAACUGCACAGAUAAUAUCGAUGAAUGUGAAUCAGAACCCUGUCUAAAUGGAGCUACUUGUAUAGAUCGUCUCAAUAGCUAUCAAUGUGUCUGUGUUCCUGGAUAUACAGGUGUCCUGUGUGAAGAUGACAUUGAAGAAUGUCUUUCAGAGCCUUGUCUGAAUGGUGCAACCUGUGUGGAUGACAUCAACCAAUAUGAGUGUUUAUGUGUGGCUGGGUUCUCAGGUUUGAACUGUCAGGACAACAUUAAUGAUUGUCUUCCACAUCCAUGCAGUAAUGGCAGCUGCAUUGAUGAAGUGAAUGGAUACCGAUGCGAAUGUGACCCGGGCUUUCAAGGGUUCAAUUGUACCGAGGAUGUUAAUGAGUGUGAAAGCUCCCCUUGUAUGAAUGGAGGCCAGUGUAACGACCUUGUUAAUCGAUACACAUGUACAUGUGUGUUUGGAUACACAGGUUAUAAUUGUGAAUUUGACAUUGAUGUUUGCAUGGACACUGCACUCAACAUCACUCAAUGCCAGAAUGGAGCUACAUGCAUGGAUGGACAGGGACCAGCUUUCACCUGCCAGUGCUUACCUGGUUUCACAGGUGUCUACUGUGAGAUAGACAUCAAUGAGUGCAACUCGAGUCCUUGUGAAAAUGGAGCAACCUGUACUGAUCUGGUGGCAAGCUUCAUGUGCACAUGUGCAGAAGGAUGGACAGGAGUGUUGUGUAUGGAAGAUAUCAAUGAAUGCCUGUCAUCACCUUGCAUGAAUGGUGCCCUCUGUAGACAACAAGCAGCAGGAGAUGGAUACGAGUGUUACUGUGCACCAGGCUUCCAAGGAAUCAUCUGUGAAGAGGACUAUGAUGAAUGUUUAUCCAUGCCUUGCCAGAACAGUGCCCUAUGUGUUGACCGUGUUGAUGGAUACAACUGCAUAUGUAGCAGUGGGUUUACUGGUUUGGAUUGUGGGAUAGAUAUAGAUGAAUGCCUCAGUGAGCCAUGUAUGAAUAAUGGAACAUGCAGCCAAGUUGAGCCAGGGGAUUUCAUUUGCGAGUGCCCACCAGGUUUCUUUGGGACACGCUGUGAGUCAAGGGAUUUCUGCUUCAGUCAGCCUUGUGCCAAUGGAGCAUUUUGCUUCACAUGGGCUUUUGGUUUUCAGUGCAUUUGUCCAGCUGGAUUUACUGGUGUUACUUGUGAGACCAGAUUGCUGACCUCAUCUAGUAUUUCAAGCUCAAUUGCUUCAGAAUCAUCUACAUUUUCUGUGAGAGAAACACCAGUAUCUACAGUGGUAAUGAUAUCUACUUCACUCGACAGAACCUCACUGCACACUGCGAUGCAGUCAUCUAAUCAGAUGUCUUUAGAAACGUCCAUCCUUGCAACAACUUCAUUGAGAAGAGGCAGUUCAUCGGUCACAUCAGUACCUAUGCCUUCAGAAUCUUCAGGAAGUGGUUUAUCUAAUACAGUAGAUAUGAUGUCAUCCACUCAAACAACAGAGUUUUCCUCUUUUCAUUCCACAUUAGAUGAGAGUAGUGAUCUGACACGUUUUAUGUCAUCGAGUCUGAUCCCAAGUAAAAGCACAAUGGCAUCCUCUUCAACUUUUGUGUCAACAAACUUUCCAAGAAGUGAUUCUACUUUAGUGGUACCCACUAGUUUCCCUGCAGACUCAUUCCGUUCCAUGAUUAGUCCAAGUACCCCAACUAUCACCAUAGAAUCUACCAGUUUACCCUUGGUAUCUACUGAAACAGACAUGAGUCAGACUGGUGUCUUAUCAUCUCUACCUGAUACUCCAUCUCCCUCAAUGACAAGCAUUGGUCCUUCAUCAUUCACCACCCCACUCUACUCCACAAUCAUGCCAUCAGAAGUAACUAUAUCAUCAGUCACAAUUUUUCCUUCUGUUUCAUUAUCAACUACAGUCAUGCAAUUGUCUUCAUCAACUCCAUUUUCUCCAACUCUGAUGGCAUCAUCAUCCUCAAUGUUUUCUCCUGUUCCUUCACCUUCCCCGCAAGCCACUCCAUCAUUAUCAUCUUCAGUCCAAUCACAGAUCAUGAUGACACCUAGCCAAUCAGAUAUCAUGAUGACAUCAUCACUUGUGCCCCAGUCCACUAUCACCACUCAACGGCCACAAACGCAAACUGAGACUCAAACAUCAAUUUUCCAAAGCUCACAACUGUUCACUUCAAGUGUAAUGAGCUCCUCUCCACUAAUAAUGUCAUCGUUGAUUCUGUCGACCAAUAUUGUUCUUCCAUCAAUGUCUGCAUCUCUGAUGAGUAGCAAUGAUAGGUCUUUCAGUACAGAAAUGAUAAGUAAAACAUCAUCAACAUUAAUUGGACUCCCAAGUUCAUCUUUCCUCCCUGUCAGCAAAUCAUCUGAGACCACAAUAUCAUCAUCUGCUUCUGUGACCUCAUAUGACCCUUCAACUCUGACAUCAGAGUCAUCCCUUUCAAGAACACCUACUAUCACCCCAUCCAUGACAUCAUCAUAUUCAUCAGCAAUGGUCUCUGCUACACCGAGGCCCACAACAGAAGUGACAACACCUUCAUCAGAAGUGACAACACCACCCUCUACCCCCUCAACAACAAUAGAACUUUCCACUACAACCUCACCUCCAAGUACAUGUGAGACUGUUCCAUGCCUGAAUGGAGGGGUGUGUAGAAAUCAGACAUCAGGAGAGAAGCUACUUUUUGAAUGUGACUGUACCUUCAGGUUUACAGGAAGCCUCUGUGAAACAGAACGUGCUGUGCAUUUUCCCUCGUUCAAUGGAACCUCAUAUCUAGAGUAUGCUCCUCUGGAUUGGUCAUCUUCUUCAUCAAACACUAUCUUCAUCAGUAUAAAGACAGCAGCAACAGAAGGGACUGUUCUGUAUUCAGUUAGUGAUUCCUCCAGUGACUUCAUUCAUCUGUUCAUUCAAGAUAGUCAUCUAGUCUAUGAGAUGAGCUGUGGACUGGGUCAGGUUGUCAGGGUGGAGUCAAGCGUUGUCGUAGCAACAGAUGAGUUGGUGGAAGUUUUUAUCAGCCAAACAAGACCAUACAUUGCAUCCAUGAUAUGUGGGGCUACCCUCACAGUGAACAACCAAGAAACAACCAACCAAAUCUUCUCUUUCAUCUUCCCCUUGCCACUGGGCCCUCUGUACCUUGGAGGUACUCCCCAGGGUAUGGCCCCUGAUGAUCUCCCAUCACCCAUCGUAGGGUACCAGGGGUGCAUGCGAGUUCUUGAGAUCAACCAAGUUGAGAGUUUGCUGUUUGAUGAUUCAUUGGGAGGCAGGAAUAUUGAUGAAUGCGUGACCACUGAGCCUUGCUCAUAUCAGCCAUGCCGCAAUGGGGGAACCUGUUCUGUGUCACCUGAUGGCACGACAUGGUCAUGUGACUGUACUAUACCUUAUGGUGGAGUGCUGUGUGAAAGGCUAAUUGAUCAUUGUGAGGGGUCUCCUUGUCAUGCAGGAGCAUCAUGUGUAUCACUUGAUGAAGAUUUCCUGUGCUUGUGUCCAUAUGGCAGGCAAGGCAUCAUAUGCGAUGAAGUGAUCGUCAUAACCAGGCCCUCUUUCAGUGGUAUUGUAGCAGGUUAUAUGCCAUAUAUCAGGUAUGCUCGGGUCUUGAAUUGGGACUUUCUAUUGACCUUGAGGUUAAAGUUCACCGUUGAUGAUGACCAAUCAGCUAUCAGCAGCAAUCUCAUGCUUUUCUCUGGCCAAAAAGGAGAAGGAAGUAAUGGAGAUGAUUAUUUAUCUGUUGGCAUUCAAGAUGGCUACCUAUUGUUUCAUUUUGAUGUUGGUUCAGGUGAAGGAAUCUUACGAAGCCCUCAACCCAUUGACCUGACUGCACCGUUUCAUACAUUGCAGAUAGGACGUCAUAGGAGAGAAGGAUGGAUGCAGUUGGACAAUCAGUUGAAUGUCAGUGGUACCACACAAGGCCCUCUUAUUGGUCUCAAUACUUACCGUGACCUCUAUGUGGGGGGUCAUGAUACCACAGAAGUUCAUUUACUACCAGACGUGGUGGACUAUGCUGAGAGCUUCAAAGGAUGUAUUUAUGACCUUGAAAUAAACUCUGGCCUGUACGGAUCCUUUGUUGCCCCUGGCAAUCCACCUGGUCAUGUGGAUGUUGGUCUCAAUGUCGGUCAGUGCGGUCAUCCAGAGUGUGCUCUGAAUGAAUGUCAAAAUGGAGCUGAUUGUAUAGAUCUUGGAGCUUCUUAUAUAUGCAACUGUACAGCUGGAUGGAAAGGUCCUCUCUGUGCAGAUUUAAUAACCGUCUGUGAUGCAGAACACCCUACCCCUCAUGACUGCUCAGAGGGGUCCAUUUGCACACCCCUCCCUGUAGGCUUUGAGUGCCAGUGUCCUUUGGGAAAGACAGGACCAAGAUGUAAUGAAGAUAUUGUAUUCAGUGACCCACUAUUUGAGGGUUCUUUGAGCUACAUGUCUUUCACAAGAACCACCAACCUCCGCUUCCAAACUGACAUCAUGAUAGAGUUCAAACCCUUGUCAAACACUGGUCUUCUAUUCUACAUUGCCAGUCAGCUUACACCAUAUUCAGGAGAUUUUCUAGCAGUGUCUCUCACACAAGGCUAUCUUGAGCUCAGGUAUUCACUUGAUGGUCAAGGUGAUCCUGCUACUCUGAGGACAGCAAACAGAGUUGACAUCACAACAGACACCUGGUACACAGUAGAGAUCAACAGGAUCAACCAAAAUGGCAUCCUUCGCUUCAGAGAUGAAGAGAUCUACCGUAGCGCUCCAGGAAGUUUCAUCUCCCUUGAUAUCAAUACAGACAUCUUUAUUGGUGGUGCGCCCUCGCUUGAUGGUGUACAUCCAAUGGCUGUUGAGGGCGUUAUCACCAGCUAUCAAGGUUGUGUGCGCAGGGUGGUUGUUAAUGGACAGGACGUGGACUUGACAGUAUCUGGAGCAUCGGCAGGACAGAACGUUGGGGACUGCGAUGGGACAGGAUGUGGAUACAACGUGUGUAGGAACAACGGUACUUGUUCACCAGUAGAUGGCAGUGCACAAGAUUUCACUUGCCAGUGUCCAAUGCCAUUCACUGGAGCAAGGUGUGAGGUGUCUAUAAACUGUGCCAAUCAUCAGUGUUUGAAUGAUGCUAUCUGUUUACCAGACGAUGAUGCCCAGAGCUACAGCUGUGGAUGUAUGCUUGGCUGGCAAGGAACAUUCUGUGAACAGAGUGUCAACAUCACUACUGCCCGAUUCACUUCAUCCAGUCACCUUUACUUCCAAGAUGUGAACUUUGACCUUUCCAACAAAACAACGACUUCCCUCUCCUUCAACUUGAGUACAUCAACCCUUCAGGGUUUGAUCCUGUGGAAUGGAGAACCAAUCACAACAGGUGUUACUGACUAUUUAGCCAUUGGUGUCCAGAAUGGCUUCUUGAAAAUAAGCAUCAAUCUUGGACAUGAUUCAUACGGUCAUAUACUUCAUUCAGAAUUUAUAUCCGAUGGUCUUUGGCAUGCUGUGAUUAUCACCAGAUCAAGAACAUCAUUGAAAGUGUAUGUUGAUGGUGGUGAGCCCAUUUCAUCUGACAUAGGAGGUUCUUUCACUGGUUUAGACACAGAGGGUCAUUAUUAUCUAGGUGGCUUUGGAUUAUCUACUGAUAUAUUUCAAGCUACUGGAGGCCUGUAUGAUGAAGGCUAUGAAGGUUGUCUUAGGAAUCUUGUAAUCUCACAGGGAGAUCCGCCGGUCAAUUUCAUGAAUGCAGCUGAUGCCCUCAACGUCCAGUCAUGUGGCUGAUGAAAGUCUCAUGAUAGUGACGAUGAGCUAAGAACUGCGAGACGAAGCAUCGUGAUAUCAUGGAAGGUUGAAAUUUGACUAAUUUGUGCUACCCAAUACUUUAAUUUGAUUGAUAUCAAUGCAAAUUAGAUGGGUCAAAUGUAAAAAUAUUGGUAUGGUCAUUUCUGCCAUGAGUGUUGCCGUCGUUCACCUGAGCUGAAACAUGCGUAAUCACAUUGGCCAGGUUGAACUCUGAUCUAGCUGGAGUUUGAUGAGUGACCCUCAUUUACGUGUAUAUGAGGUUUGUUUGUUAGUAUACAAAUAGCAAAUGUGCAUGAGUGCUAUACAGUACAGUUUAUGCAUGAGGUGAAGGAAAGAAGCCCUGAUCAAUGAACUGUAGCCUAGAGUGUCUCUCUUUUCAUGUAUAUAUAAUAUUGUACCAUCGCACAAAUAAGAAUAUUUGCUAUUUGUGCUUUACAACACCUUGGAAAUUAGUGAAAAUUCAAAGAUUAUUAGACUUUUUCCAAGGUUAAUCCAUAGAAAUGAAAGCCAAAAGCAGUUCUUGUGCACCAGCGUGCAUUCAGUUAUUGGCCCUACGUUUAUUGUGCCAGUAUUACCUAGCGCAAUGUAUUGAAUCGCAUUGUGACAUCACCUAUCAAGCCGUGCAAUAGUAUGUGUAUGUUGCACAUGCUUGUUUUUCAAUGAUCAGUCAAAUUGGUAGAAAUUAAGCAUGUUUUCAUGCUAACUUUUCUCAACCAUGUGUCAAUCACAUUUUGCAAGUAAGGUCUCAUAUCAGAAAACAUUUUUUUUUCCAAAUAGAUAGCAGCAAAAAAUUACAAUGAAUUAUGGUUCUGUUAAUUAUAGGAUGCACUGUGUAAUAAAAACAUUUUGCUCACAAUAGCAGUUGCACAGAAUUAAACAUACUCAAAACAUUUAAUUUAUAUUUAGUAGAAUAGUGUUAUAGUAUGCUAACUCUACACAAUAAAUAUAACUUUGCUAUUCUAUAUCCUGGCUUGGCGCAAAUUUCCACUUUCAUGAUAUCAGUACUCCAGCACUCUAGCAUAUGAGAUGAAAAAAAUGAAUACAGGCCAAAUGUGGUAGGUAGAAUUGAUGAUGCUGAAACACUAUUCUGUGAUCUUGAUACACAGAAUAUUUAAAUGAUAUGUUUAUUUCAUAUGAACAAUUAAUGUGGUGCAUGAUACUAUGUGUUCAAUGAGUUUGGUUAACAUUGCAAAUGACUUCUCAUCACUCUCUAUUCACCUUGAAGCCCUGUAACAGUGAAGUAAUGCCAAAUAGUACACGCUUCUUUGUGAAUGUCUUCCUACUACAAACUUCACAAUAAGAUUUUGAUACAUUUGAUAUUAAUUUGAGCUCUUCUUGCCUCUAGUAUGCAAAGGUCUUGUACUAAGUAUUUCACAAUGGUCCAGCUCGAGGUUUUCCGAAAUUUUAAGUGGAGUGAUAAUAAAGAUGAAGUACCAAAGUUUGGGCCAGGGUGUGAUGUGAUGGAGAAAUUGUCUUCAGUAAUUGAGCAGUUUAUGUAGAUAGGUGUAAUGAAGGGAUCAUGCGAAAAAAAAAUUGUGUAAAUUUUGCAUGCAACUUGCAAAAU